AUGACUCAAUCAAAUCAACGCAUGCACUUGUUUGAUGCGCAGGAAGCACAAGCGCAAUUUCAGCUGCCAUCUUCAACUAUAUUAUCGUCGGCUUUUCCACCAGCUCUACCUCCACCUCCGAUGGGCUUUUCUCUGCCCCCAUCAAGUCAACACAUGCAAUUAUUUGGUGCGCAGCAAGUGCAAGUUCAGCUGACACCUUCAACUAUAUGGUCGUCGGCUUUUUCACCAGCUCGACCUCUACGUGCGUUUGGCGUUUCUAUGUAUUCAUCAAAUCAAAUCAUGCAAUUGUUUGCUGCGCAGGAAGCACAAGCGCUAUUUCAGCCGCCACCCUCAACUAUAUCAUUGUCCUCUUUUUCAUCAGCUCAACCUCCACCUCCGAUGGGCUUUUCUGUGCCCUCAUCAAGUCAACACAUGCAAUUGUUUGGUGCGCAGCAAGCACAAGCGCAAGUUCAGUUGCAAUCUGCAACUAUAUCAUCGUCGGCUUUUCCACCAGCUCUACCUCCGAUGAGCAUUUCUCUGCCCUCAUCAAGUCAACACAUGCAAUUGUUUGGUGCGCAGCAAGCACAAACGCUAUUUCAGCCGCCACCUUCAACUAUAUCAUCGUCUGCUUUUCCACCAGCUCCACCUCCACCUCCAACGGGCUUUUCUGUGCCCUCAUCAAGUCAACACAUGCAAUUGUUUGGUGCGCAGCAAGCACAAGCGCUAUUUCAGCCGCCACCCUCAAGUAUAUCAUCGUCUGCUUUUCCACCAGCUCCACCUCCACCUCCAACGGGCGUUUCUCCGUUCUCAUCAAAUCAAAAGAUGCAUUUGUUUGGUUCGCAACAAGCACAGCCGCAAUUUCAGCCGCCACCUUCAACUAUAUCGUCGUUGUCUUUUUCAUCAGCUCAACCUCCACCUCGGAUGGGCUUUUCUGUGCCCUCAUCAAGUCAACACAUGCAAUUAUUUGGUGCGCAGCAAGCACAAGCGCAAUUUCAGCCGCCACCUUCAACUAUAUCAUCGUCGGCUUUUCCACCAGCUCAACCUCCACGUCCGAUGGGCUUUUCUCUGCCCCCAUCAGAUCAACGCAUGCAAUUGUUUAGUGCGCAGCAAGCGGAAGUUCAGCUGCCACCUUCAACUAUCUCAUCGUCGGCUUUUCCACGAGCUCAACCGCCAACUAUAAUGGGCUUUUCAUCUAAUGAAUGCAUGCAAUCCUUUGGUUCGCAGGAAGCACACGCUCAGUUUCAAUCGCCAGGUUUAAGUCUAUCGCUGUUGUGUGAUCCUUAUUCAAAUUUCUUAUUUGCAACCUCAUCAGAACAAGAUAAUACCAUGUCUGGACCGUCGCACCCAGAUCUAGCGAGCGAAAUGUCCAGUAGUUCGUCGUUUAGUUGGGGCUUCCCGUCGGCCGCUGCUAAUUAUACAGAUGCUUCGAGUUUAUGUCAUGAAUACACUUUAUCGGCAUUGUCCAAUGUAUUCUGCCUGGAUGACGGCGUUGUCGAACCAUUAUUUGGAAUAACUAACACCGGAUCGAAUCAAGAAGCUGUUGACCGUCGGUCCGAUGAGUUGGAUUUGGUGCUUUUGUCCGAUGUUGCUCAGUCAUCGAUUGGUGUUGAAACAGUUGAUAAAGAAAUGGCAUGUGUCUUACGUCGAAAUGCAGAAAUACCUUCGAGACAAAUACGUGACUCAUUUACAAAUGCAUAUGGAUAUCAACAUACGGGUAUUAUCAAAAUUUUUGAAGCGGAUGAUAAUGAUACACCGUUACUUGCCAGAAUAAAAGAGACACCUUUCUCAUCAAAGUUGAUCGAGAGUCUAUUUCAACUUCAAAAUCGCGAUGGUUCAUUUUCAAUGUCAAAUGAAUUAGGCGAAUUAUUUAACAAUACAGAGUUUGAUAUUGUGGAAAGAAAACUCGUUGAGCAAGGUCUCAACUCAUUAGCUGAAAAAACACGAAAUGAGAUACGUAGUUUAAUAUGUACAGCGUGUAUUUUAUUCUAUUUUUUGUACAAAAGUAAAUUAUCAUCGAAACUCAGUUUUCCAGUUAAUAUUAAUUCGAUUAAACGUCUCGUAGAAAUUAUUCGACAAUGUGUACAUACUCAACAACAAAAUGUUGAUUUAAUAAGUCAGUCUUACAUUCAUGAAUGUGAAAAAGCAGUUGAUUAUGUAUUAAGUGUACGUGACAUGCAUGCAUUCUACUGUAAACAUAUGGAAUUGAGCUCGUCAUGGGAAUUAUACAUUCAACAAACAUUACUUGGUCUUGGAAACAGAAGCACACAGAGUGAUGAUGAUAAUAAUAAUGAACUCGAUUUUAGAGCACUCUUAAAACAACAAUGUAAUUGA